GGAGUUUUCAUCUCUUUUUUCCGCCUCGUUUCCUCAAGACAUCGGCACCGUAUUCGCACUACCCAUAAAAGGCUCAAUUCCGAGAUCCGAGCGCUUGGCGAGGCUCGCUGAUUCAGUGCUGCCUGCGUUUCGCCUCCGUCAUCCGAGGCAACACUUCACCAACAUUCUGCAUCUAACCUCUCUACUGGCACAUUCAAACGUCGUUUCGGCCGGUUCACUUCUAUUGAAGUAUUCUUUCGCUAACUUCAUCGCUCGCAGUACUUCUCUAGCAUAGCUGCGUUCUAGUAGACGACGUUACCGGAGGUAGAACAAUUCUACCAGCCGCAAACAUGACUACCAUGGAUCUCCGCGUGGGGAACAAGUACCGGAUCGGUCGUAAGAUCGGGUCUGGCUCCUUCGGUGACAUCUACUUGGGUACCAACAUCAUCUCUGGCGAAGAAAUUGCUAUCAAACUCGAAAGCGUCAAGGCGAAGCACCCGCAGCUCGAGUAUGAGGCCCGUGUCUACAAAUCACUCGCCGGAGGCGUCGGCAUUCCAUUUGUCCGCUGGUUUGGUACCGAGUGCGACUACAAUGCCAUGGUUUUGGACCUGCUCGGUCCCAGCUUGGAGGACCUGUUCAACUUUUGCAACCGCAAGUUCUCGCUCAAGACGGUCCUUCUUCUCGCCGAUCAGUUGAUUUCCCGCAUCGAGUACAUCCAUGCCAAGUCGUUCAUCCACCGCGAUAUCAAGCCCGACAACUUCCUCAUGGGUAUUGGCAAGCGUGGCAACCAGGUCAAUGUUAUUGACUUCGGUCUGGCCAAGAAGUACCGCGAUCCCAAGACGCACUUCCACAUUCCUUACAGAGAGAACAAGAACCUGACUGGCACGGCCCGCUAUGCUUCGAUCAACACCCAUCUCGGUGUUGAGCAGUCCCGCCGUGACGAUAUGGAGUCGCUCGGCUACGUCAUGCUCUACUUCUGCCGCGGCUCUCUCCCGUGGCAGGGACUCAAGGCUGCCACCAAGAAGCAAAAGUACGACCGCAUCAUGGAGAAGAAGAUGACAACGCCCACCGAUGUCCUCUGCCGUGGUUUCCCCAACGAGUUCGCCAUCUACCUCAACUACACGCGCUCGCUCCGCUUCGACGAUAAGCCCGACUACAGCUACCUGCGCAAGAUCUUCCGCGAUCUGUUUGUCCGCGAGGGCUUCCAGUACGACUACGUCUUUGAUUGGACCGUCUACAAGUACCAGAAGAAUGCCCAGGCCAUCCAGCAGGCGGCCGGAAACAACACCAACCAGGCGGCUGCUGGCGAUUCCAAGGACGCGUCGCAGACGCGCAAGGACGCCCAGCAGGCGCUCCCGCGCCAGACCCGGAAGCCGAUUGGCGAGAACCCGGACACCAGCCGCGCCGUCGGUGGAAGCGACAGGAUGUGAGUGACCGCCAGCCUAGCCCAAAGAAUUCCUAGCUGCGCUCGGCUGCCAAAGGUCAGGGCGCUGGCUCGGGAUACGCUUCGAACAAGUACCGCCCCAUGGACUGAAGCGCCGAAU